GAAAUUUAGCUUUUGCCCCUGGGUACUUAAAGUUAGGUUUGGCAUCCCAAGUAAGGGUCUUCAGGGUCGCCGAUCUCACGGAUUGUGAUCUAUCCGCAACUCAGUCCAUCCCCGCCACUCACCGACGUCAGAGAAGUUCCCAUCUUUAGAUGACUGGAUCAUCAUACAAGAAGCUUUUUGAAGUUUAUAUAAGGACCAAGAAUCAGGCAUUCUGGAAACAUAUUCCCAACUAUCACGCUAAAGAAAGACACAAUAUUAUACUAAGAAUCUUCAACUAUCAGACAAGAUGCAUUUAUCAACUCUUUACCUUCACUCUUCCCUUCUCCUUGCUUCAUCGUUUCUCCCAACGGUGAUUGCAGCACCUUCCAACAAACUCUUGGACGCUGACCUCGCUGUCAAUGGCUUUGGUCUUCAAGACGAGAGCGGAGACUCUGAUGGAGUUUCUGCAAAGGCCGAAGUCAGCGCUGAGACCGACUACAAGGUUCCCAGUGAUUACAACAAGCCUCGCGUUCUAGAGGCCAACAUUGACGUCACCCGCUUGAGCCUCGAUCCCGUCAUCUUUUACCCUGACAACGAUGAUGAAGAUACAGAGGUCGAGGACACUGAGGAGAAGCGCAGCAUCUUUGCAAGACUCUUCCCCAGGGCCUUGUCUUCUGACAAGAAGGAGGCUCUCCGUCGCCACAAUGUCGCUCGCUCCAAAGUUAAGGUCAAGAGCCUGGUGUGGGAUACUAAGCUCGAGUCAGCUGCUACAGCUUAUGCUAAGAAGUUGGCCAAGGCUGGUAAGCUGAAGCACUCUUCAGGAUCGGACCGUCCCAACCAAGGCGAGAACCUCGCAUAUGCUUGGGCAAGCAAUGGAUUCAAGAACCCCAUCACAGCUGGUACUCAGGGCUGGUUGAACGAGAAAAAGUAUUACAAGAGAGAGACUAUUCCCAAGGGUAACUUCUCAAUGUAUGGCCAUUACACCCAAUGUGUUUGGAAGACCUCAACAAAGAUCGGUAUUGGUGCCGCCAAGGAUUCCAAGGGCGCUUGGUACACUGUUGCUCGAUAUUCCGGUCCCGGCAAUGUCGUCGGCCAGAAGGCGUACUAAAUAACUAAAAUCUCAACUCAAAGGACAUUGCUGAAUCGAAUAUCUGCCUGGGGCAGUUGAGAAGGGAAUUGAUGGACGUUUGUGGCGAGCGCUGACCUAUUACCUUCUUUGAUUCAUGCCAUUUCGUCGAAAGUGGCCAUUUGUAUUACUACUAGAAUACCUCACAUUCGCUUACGCGUCACGAAUUAUGUUAAACAAAUCGAUUUGUUAAGCCAG